GGUUUACUAAAAGGCAACCCAGCAAGAAGCCAUCUUAUAAAAUUUAAUGGAUAUUCAUAUAACAGUUUGCGGGCAGUCAUAGAUUUUAUGUACAAUGGUAAAGUAAUGGUCGAGCAAGAGCAUCUUGCUGCAUUCCUUAAGUUAGGCCGAGCUCUACAGGUACGAGGUAUUUUGGACAUCGCUGCCCAAUGUGAAGAGGCUGGUCUCACUACAGCUGAAGAGACAAAGUCAAAUGCCCAGUACAGCACCACAGUUCAGCAGCCACCAAAAACUGUUGCCCAGGCAGCACCCAAAAUGGUCCAACAAACACCAACCACAGCAGAAACCAAGAAAUAUGCCUUCCUUUUGGACAAAGGAUCCACCAACACAGCAAAGAAACCUGGCCCACAGUUCCGCAAAGUGAUGCCCAACAUUAUUGACCAGCAAGGAAACAUAAACAAAGUAACCAGCAUUGGUGCUGCCCAGGUGGCGUUGUGCAACAACAACCACAGCAAGUCCAGUCACAGCAGACUCAGCCAGAAGAAACUGUGACAGAAGAACAGCAACCCCAGCAGCAGCAAGCACAGGAAGCUGCACCAACCACCCUGGAAGAACUGCAACAAGCACUAGCAUCAGGCCAGGCCAUCCUGCAGACAACAGACAAUGGAUCAGAACAAACACUCCAGAUGGUUGAGGGACAAUGUGUAGUAACAGGUUCUGGCCAGACCUACGUUGUGGUUCAAGAAGGAGACAACAUCAGCUUUGUUCCAGCAGAAAUGGUUCAAGGGGAUCUAGGAGCUGCAGUGAAUGGUGGCCAAGUUGUUGAAGGACUUGACCCUGUAGAGCAACAGUUGGCGCAGAUGGAGGGCCAGGUACUCACACACAACCAGGUCAUUGAGGGGUCUGAGCAGCAGCCACAGGAAGCUGGUGGAGGGCAUGAGGCCACUACUGGAGCUGGCGUUGGGGACAGUGGCUCUCUGGACACUAUGAGCGUGGUGGAAUCAUUGGUCAAGCUUGGGGAGAAGCAGCCAGCAGAUAAUGAGAAUGGCUCGGGGGAAGAGACGCCUGAGGUGGGAGCUGACAUGCCGAGCCUAGAGGGAGACGCAGCUGAUGAUGGGCCCGAGGUUGGUGCAGACAUGCCUUGCUUAGGUGACGUGGAAGAGGAUGAUGGUGGAGUUGGAACUGUGCCAACAACCACUGGGGAGGACACAGGCAAGCGGCGGAGACAACCUUCACAAAAGAUGAUUGAAGCCAUGGGUAUGCUGAAGAGGAGAGUUCCAGAGUCUCCAACACAAGGCGGGAGAGGUAAAAAGUUGAAGAACUAAAUAUUCUGACUUCACUUUCUGCUGAGUUUUUGUUUAGAAUAAGUUUAGACUUUGGGAAAUCUUGCAGAAGGCAGCAGUUGUGUUAAUACUGUGGAUCUCAGUCGUACAUUUCCUAAAUUACUUACAGCUCGUGUUACGUUAUCAGAGCUCCGUUGUUAUUUAGUUGUUCUCUCUGUAGUUGCCUUCAUAUGUUUCCUGUGAGUCCUGUUUGUAAAUAAAGGUUUAGCUCAAGA